AUGCUUAAUUUUAAUCAACCUUCAUCAACGAACAACUGGCCUUCAACUGUAAAAUAUCGAAGUUAUACUCCCGAUCAGCGUUCAAAAAUCAUUUGGCUACUUGUUUUGGCUAUUGUUUCAAUUACACUAAGUGUUGCAGCUUUGAUUAUUGUCUUUGCUGCUGAACAUUCAUGGUUUCAUGAUAGUUUUAAUAUUACCACUAUUAAUGAUAAUAGAACGUCUUUAAAUCAAUAUGGUCUAUGGCGUUUAUGUUUUCUUCUUGAUGCUACUCCUUCUGGUAAUUCUGCCAAUAAUAGAGCAUGUGAUAGUUGGUUUUCAAUUGAUCCACCUUAUAGCUUGUAUAUUGAAAAACGUGUUAGUCCAGAUAAAGUCGGUAUCAAUGCAUGGCAAGCACUUGAAAUUAUUUUUUUAUUUUUAACAACAUCAUCAUUAAUAAUUACUUUAAUUUCUAUUAUUUCUUAUGGAUUUCGAAAGAAUAUUCAUUAUUAUUUAGCUAUAUUAGCUGUUUUUUGUAUUUGGCCAGCAGCAUGUAUUGGUAUAUCGGGAUUAUUUGUUUUCGGUUUUUCUGUUUAUAAUGUCGCACCAUCACCACGUGGUCUUGAUUGGUGUUUUUAUGUUAACCUUGUUGCUGUUAUUCUUUCGAUUAUUGGUGCUAUAUUAUUAACAAUCUAUGAUAUUCUCGUAAAAAAACCAAUGAAAUCUGAUGAAAAUGAUGCUGUUAUUGAUACAUUUGCUGAUAUAAAUGUUUAUCCUACAACAUUAAAUCCAUCAACACCAGCUGUUGUUAAAGAAAAUAAGAAAAAGCGAAAAAAACCAUAUGAUAAUACAGAAGUAUUUUAUCCAAAUCCAUAUUAUCCAAGAAGACCAGUUAAUAAUGUUCCUAAUACUGAUUAUAUAAGUAAUCCGAAUCAUCAAAUGCUUGCACCUUAUACAUCUGUAAUAAAUAAUCAACAGAUAAAUCCUGCUAUUCAACAACAACAACAACCAUCAAAUCCAUAUCGAGGUCCUGAUCUUUUAACAUCACCAUCGGCAACUUCAAUUCCACGGCAACCAUGGCAUUAUCAACCACCAAUGCCAUCAUAUCCUUAUGAGCCACCACAUUGGCAUCGAACAGGGACAAAUCUCAUGAAUUAUCCUAAUGAAUCUGCUAAUGAUUAUGUUCAACGUGGAAUUUAUCGACCGGCUCGAUUAAAUCCAACUGAACGAAUAUUUGAACAAAAAGAAGAACCACGUGUUUUACAUUAUUAUACGGGUUAUAAUCAUUUUUCUACAAUUGAUCCAAGUGAUGCUGUUUUAACAAGACAACAUCCACCAUCACAAGGAUCUAAUUCUCCAGUACGAUAUACUGUUAAUCCUUCGUAUUAUCAACAAAAAGGCUAUUAA